AUGUCUGCCACAAACUAUGCUGAACACCCCGUAUCUCCAUUGAGCGAUCCUCAAUUCUUGAAUGUGUUAAACAGUCACUUCCUACAAUAUAUCGAACCAUCGAAAUUGUUUAUCUUCGAAACUGGAGUCACUACCAGGAUGCAUCUGUGGCACAAUUAUGCCUUUCGAAUUCGUGAUUUUGGAUCACCUCGUGCCUCAAGCCUUGUUUUUACACUACAACCUGCUCCUGACAUCCCAGACCCCGACCGAUACAUCGUUGCGGUACUAAACUUGGACCAACAAAAAUCACCGCAUGAGACCGUCUUCAUGGUCAUUACGCAAACAAUUAUUUCCAAAACGUCCAUAGAGAUCACGCCUUUGGCAAAAGUCGCCUAG